AUGGGUGGACUAAAUGACUCUGUGGUCACUGAAAUUGUGUUACUGGCCCUUUCUUGCUCUUGGGAGAAAAAACUUUUUCUUAUUUUGAUAUGUUCUUUGCUGUAUUUAGGGGUCAUCUUGGGAAACCUUUUUAUUUUGUUUUUGGUAAUUUUUGAUUCUCACCUACAUUCUCCCAUGUACUUCCUGCUGGCCAACCUGUCCCUCAUUGAUGUGGGUCUUUCCUCUACUACAGUUCCAAAGAUAAUCACAGACCUCUUAAAUGAAUACAAAGUAAUUUCUUUCCAAAGUUGUAUGACACAGAUAUGCUUCAUCCACAUCAUAGGAGGAGUGGAGAUGGUGUUACUCAUCGCCAUGGCAUUUGACAGGUGCACAGCAAUCUGUAAGCCUCUUCACUACCUGAACAUCAUGAACCCUAAAAUAUGUGUUUCAUUUGUAAUCACUGGAUGGGUAACUGGGGUGAUCCAUGCUAUGUCUCAGUUUUUAUUUGUUAUAAACUUGCCUUUUUGUGGUCCUAAUAAAGUGGACAGCUUUUACUGUGACUUUCCUAAGAUCAUAAAACUUGCAUGCACAGAUGCGGCCAAGUUUGAGUUUAUCGUUACUGCCAACAGUGGCUUCAUGAGCAUGGGCACCUUCUUCCUG